AUGUCAGAGAAUAUUUAUGAAGAUGAAGAGUCUUUCAACACCACAAGACCCACUAACAAGGCUGGAACCAUUUGUAUGAAUGAAGUUCCUAAAGGAUCACAGCAGAGGACUGAACAUGAGAAAACCCCAGAUAGCUCUGCAGGACAUUACCGUUACUACAAACUGGCUGUGGUAGUGGUCUGUGCUCUCAUCUUGGCUAUUACCAUCGCACUUUGCGUCACAAUUCUGAGAGCAAAAGAUUUACAGCUCAGUUACCAGAACCUUGCUGAAGAGAAAGACCAGCUGCAGCUCAAAUACAACAACAUGACAGUAAAGAAAGCACAGUUGGAUGACAGAAAUGCCAUUCUAAUCCAUCAUGAAUCCCAGCUAGAGACCAACUUCAGUGCCGUGACAGCUGAGAGAGAUCAACUACAGAAGCGUCUUGGUGGAAAAGAACGCAAAAGAAAAGAUUUACAGACCAGGUACGAGAACCUUGAUGAAGAGACAUAUCAACUACAGCAUCAGUACAACAUCAUCACAGCAGAGAAAGCCCAGUUGGGGAACACGUUCAGUGCUGAGAGAUAUGAGCUACAGAGGCGUCUUGGUGAACUAGGACAAGUGGAUGUGAUCCUGGAUCCUGAUACAGCCCAGCCCAGUCUCAUCCUGUCUGCUGAUGGGAAACAAGUGACGCAUGGAUACGUGCGACAGAAUCUCCCAGACACUCCAAAGAGGUUUAAUCCGGUUGUCAUUGUGUUGGGAAGAGAGGGCUUCUCCUCUGGCAAAUUCUACUAUGAGGUUCAGGUUAAGGGGAAGACUGGGUGGACUAUAGGAGUGGCCAGAGAGUCUGUUAACAGGAAGGGACACAUAAUAUAUGAACCUGAAAAUGGAUACUGGGGCAUAUGGCUGAGGGGGCCCCAAAGUGUGGGGGUGUCUGUGGACUAUGACGCAGGUCUGGUCUCCUUUUAUGAUGCAGAUUGCGGGGAUCAUAUCUACUCAUUUACCAAUGUCUCCUUUACUGAGAAAAUCUAUCCAUUCUUCAGCCCAUACCUUAAUGUGGGAGGUGAAAAUGCAGAACCUCUUGUAAUCUCCCCAGUCCAUGUCUGCCCUAAUAAGUAAAAGGCACAGCAAGUGUUACAUGCACUAAUAAUCAUGAAAGUGAUUUCUUGCAUUUGAUUUAGUGAUAAUGGAUCAGACUUGUUCCAGUCCAGUAACAAUAUAUUGUACAGAAUGCAUAAUGUCAAGUAACUACAAGGGAAG